CAACGUAGACCAUUCUAUGAUUCUGUGAUCAUGGUGAGCACAAGAGGAAAUAGAUGCUGACUGCUCCUGUGCUGGAAGGAUCUGUGCUCCUCCUGUGCAGGGAAGGAGAGAGGCAGCAGGAGCCAGUGAGGGCUAGGGGUAUGUGUGAUUUGUGGAUCUGUUCUUGUGCAUGUUGAUCUGCAUCAAAAAGUUAUUUAGAAAUGAAAUAGAUGUUUUUCUAAACAGGUAACUCCCCAUUGUCCCAGGGAGCUGAGAUGCGCUGGGCUGGUUUUGUCUCAGGGCUCUUCCACAGAAAUUCAACGUCUGCCCUUACAAGAUCCUGGAGUGAAGUGUUUUUUCUUGGGUCCUUCUGAGGUUCAGCCCCAGCCUGCUCAAGGGUGGCGAUGACACUGGCCUGUCUCUCAUGGAGGAUACAGCAGGGGGUUUAUCUGUGUGGGGCUGGGGCUUCAGCUUGCUUUGGGGACAGUGCUGCUGGAUCCUCACCUGCCUGGAGCCCAGUUUGGGGUGAUUUCCUACCUGCAAGUCAUCUGUAUAGCUGGGUGUGAGCUCUCUAAUGAAGUGGUAGCUGGUUUCUGUGGCAGAGGCAGAGCAACGGCAGGAUGUGUGAAGGGCCAUCCAGGAUUUCUGGACCCAUUCCUCCAGACCCUACGCUCUUUCCAAACUAUUACAAACGCCCCUUCUCAGCUCGAGGGAGGCUGGAAGGGAACGCUGGGAAGCUGGAUUUUACCUCUGGCUCCCUGGACCCAGUUCCCAACCCAUACCCUGCUUUGGGCAGCGCUCACCGGGCCCAGCCAGCCCCUCGCAUUCGCCCCAGUGGAAAGGACUUCUUGGAGAAGGGACAGAAGGGGACGCUUGGUCUCUUACUGCAGCUUGAAGGGCUUUCCCUUGGUGAGGGGCUGCCAGUCAAGAGGAAAGAGUCCAAGGACCACGAGAAGGAAAAUGUGAGGCGAAUAAAGGAGAUUCAGAAGAGGUGCAAAGAGAAGGAGCGAACCCAACAGCACAGCCAACCCAAGCCUGUGAAAGCUCUGUGGAAAUCACAGAAAUACGAAAAUGUGGAGUCAAAGGUGAAAGCCAAACUGCAGGAGAGCUCCCCACCUCCUAAACCAGAGGCUCUGAAAUUCCUGAGGGCAUAUUCUCGCUGUGGCCCUGGGAUCAAGCCGUGCAGAUCGCUCUCCCCAAGGCCUGCCAGAAUGAAAGCAGGGGCAGACACAGAGGCUCCAGAGGCAUCGGGUGAUGAAAGCAAGAUGCAGGUGGAGGGCAAGAGCAUUGACUUCGUUAAGCACAACGCCCGCCAUGCCAAGCGGGCCUCGCUGCGGCGCUCCCAGUCCCUGCAGGCGCUGUCUGAGCUGCUGGAGCAGAAGCAGCGGGAGCAGGAGGAGUACAAUGCCAAGCAGAAGGGACACGUCCCCCAGUACCUGCUGGAGAGGAAGGAGCUGUGGCAUAGACAGAUGGAGGAGCGACUGCGAAACCUGCCAGAUCCUGACACGCCACCUGGUCACACCAUGAUGCCAGAGAGCCAGCGGCUGGAGACCCUCGGCAAUCUGAAACAGAGCCAAGAGCAGCUGAUAAAGGACCUGGUGAUGCUGCCGGUGCGCACAGACACCCUCAGCAUGCAGAAGAGGCAGAUAGAGCUGGAGAGGAAGCUCUCCCAGAUAGAAGAGGCCAUCAAAAUUUUCUCAAGGCCCAAGGUCUUCAUCAAGCUGGACUCCUGAGCCAGUGGGGCUGGGUGUGUUGUACUUCUCUGCCUGAACAUCCUUCAUUGCUGGGAAGGGACGAUGAUCACUGUGGGAGGGAAGGAGAGGAAGGCAAGUUCAGGACCCUGGGCCCAUGCAAGUGCUGAUACAGCGUCCAACGUGCAAGCGGGAUCUCUUGCUCACCCUCCAGUGCUGGGUCUGCUCCAGGGAAAAUUGUGGGAGAUGCCCUAAUUCAGUCUCUGCUGCGUGGUAUAGAGAACCUGAGUUCACAAAGAUCAGCUCUCUGCUCUGGAUCCAUGGCAUCACCUCUAAUUUUCCCAUUUUUUCCCACUUCUGCAAACUGGUAGGAGGUCUCUAGAGCUCUCUAUGGUGCUCCUUGUCCUCCUUUUUCUCCUGAGCUGGACCAUGGUCAUGGCUCAUUCUGAGCACCGGCAGACCUGGCUGCACAGAAACCUCGUGCUGUACAUCUGCUGUGUGUGCCCCAGUCCUGAGCACUGAACCUGAGCACUGAACCAGUGCCUCUGCACCCUUCGACCUGCUGGCUGGGCUCAGCAGCUUGGGGACAGGUUGGGGACAACAAAGAGGCACAGAGCUUCAGUCCCUCCCACCCGGGGAAGAGCUGGGCUGGUCACAGGGAUGACAGGUGGCAGGAUGUCCGGAGAAGCCUUUGUUGUCUGUGGGACAGGACAUGCUCCAGUAAAGCAUUGUUUCCCUCUUUCA